UGUAAUGGCGCAGGGAAGAGGAGCGGAGGAUGUGGACUGUGGUACCGAGACUGUGCUGAUGCGGGGCUCGGGAGGACGCAGGGAGAGCCAGGCGGAGAGAGCCAGGCAGGUGCGGGCUGUGAGGGCGGUGCUGAUGGACGCUGUGGGUCCUCAUGAGCGCCUCAUCACCUAUCUGCAGGCGGCGCUACUGUGGAAGAGACCGGUGCACGGUGUCUUCAUAAUCACGGCCGUCAACUGUGUCUUCUGGUUUUUUGCGCUGAGCUCUUUCAGGCCUCUCUUUCUGCUGGCAUCAGGUCUGGCUUUGGCUGUUUGUGUUGAUACCUGGAGGAACAAGAUUUGGCCCAAGAUUAAAGUACGACGACAGGAUGAGAGUGAAAACGAAAGCUGGGGCCUGGUGCAGCCCGACACCCUGAGUGUGCCCGAGUUGUGCCACUUUGUGGCUGAGAUGUGGGUGGAUGUAGCAUCGUGUGCAGCAGAUCUAACCCAGUUUAAACAGAAGAACCCAGGAACGUUUUGUGUGCUCACCUGUGGCCUGUUCUCCCUCCUGGCCAUGGUUGGUCGCUACGUCCCUGGAAUCGUCCUCUCCUAUGUUGGUUUGUGGGGGGUGUUGUCGUGUCCAUUGGCGGUGUACUAUCAGAUGUGGCAGCGCGCAUGUGUGAGGCUGGAGCCGGCCCUGCAGUGGCUGGACUUCAGCGUCAAAGGCUACAUGAUGUCCAAGCCCAUAGACAACCAGUUCCUUCGCCAACCAAUUAGAGGAGCCUCUGGUGAUGGCAGUGACAGUGAGGAGGAGCUAGCAGCUUUCUGCCCAACAUUUGAUGAAGUGGCUGUUGCUAAGGAGCUCGCGAUGACUGAUUCAGAGCACUCGGAUGCAGAAGUUUCAUACACGGAGAAUGGCACCUUUAACCUCUCCAGAGGACAAACUCCUCUCACUGAGGGCUCUGAGGACAUGGACAGACACAGUGACCCAGAAGAGUCUUUUGCGCAGGAUCUCGACUUCCCCUCCAUCAAUCCGGAUGCCACCCUGUUAGACGACGACGAUGACCCCAGCCUCGGCCUGCCUAGUCUGGGCUCGGCCGCCUUCUCCGGCUCCCGCGCUCCCACCACCUCUGCCAUGCUGGACCUGGACACCCAGUUGGACUCGGACCAGGACGACCUCGACACCGACCUCUCUCUCGGCGGCCUGAACUUGACUUCGGACAUCACGGGAGAUCUCGCAGGCCUCCUGGCCAGCAACAUGAUCCAGGCGGCUAUCUCCGGGGCCUUUCAGGCUCCGCGCGGACACAGGAAACAGUCCAGCUCGGAAUUGGACCUGGAUUUGGAUUUGGACCCCGACCAGGACGACUUUGAGAUGUUGGAUCAGUCUGAGCUCAACCACAUGGAUCCUUUAGGUGGAGGAGGGGGGAGAGGAGCAGGUCAGAACAGAUCACAGGGAUCCAGCUUUCUGUCCAACCUGCUGGGGAAGCCACAGUGAGGCACACACGUGUGUGUGUGUGUGUGUGUGUGAGUGUGAGAGAGAAAGAGAGAUACAGACCUACCUACAACUGCUACCUGGUCUCUAUACCUUUAUCUAAGGCCCAACCGAUAUCACAAUGUCACCGAAAGUUCAUUUAAAGUUCAUUUAAAGAGCCUGUAAUUCAGUGCCUGCAGCAGAUACUAACUGGCCACCGUAUCUGCUAGGGUGGGACAACGGGACUGUGUGGGUGGGUCGGGUCUUCAUACACUAAGGACCCUGAUUGGUGGAAAAGAUGCCUGUGCUGAAUGCAUAAAAAAGAGCCAGUAAUUUUGACCGUAUCGCAUUGUAACACAGCCUAACAUUCUUAAAAUGAAAUAAGCAGCGCAAAUGUUGUCCCUUUUUUAUUUUGAGUAAGUUAUAGGAUUAUCUGAUGUCAGCUAAUUAAAUAAAAUAAACUAAAAGUAACAUAGAAUAAAAGUAUUUAAAUUUGUUAUGUAAUUAAUAAAAAUAAUAUUACAAAG